AUGUCAAUUUUCAAGAGCAUCAGCCGUGCUACUAUGAUUGGCCGCCUUGCUGCCUCUAGUUGUGUUCCUGCAAUUCGUCGCCGCCUUUCAAUUCAACAUUAUGUCGAUUUUCGACUCCGGCGCGAAUCCGGACUCUACGAUAAGAGGCUGCAGGCAUAUGAUGCAGAGGUUGAGGACGCUCUGGAGAUCUCAGAUGAUGGAAUGAUUUAUCCAGGAAUUACCAAUGCGGAUAUGGCAUUUUUGAAUGGAGCCCUCUUCAUGCCAAAUACACAUUUCAUGCGGGAAUUAAGUCGGAUGUCCUAUGACUACCAUAUGGACGCCGCGCAAGGUGGCCAGCACUCCACUGAUCUACACUAUUUAUGUAUACCCCAAGGCAAGACACCUGAUAUUCGGUAA